AGAAGCAAAAAUAUGGAAAAAAGGAAGUUGGAAAAAGAAUUGCAAAAAAAGUAAGAAAAAUAUUGAAGGGAUAUUUUCUAUCUGGUGAAGCAGACAAAAGUGAUCGCUAUACCGUGCAAAAUAUGUAUGAAGCUCUUCAGCAAAGAGUACUUGAGGGUGAAAUUGAGGCCGAAGCUAUUCCAAAAGUAUCUACUAUUCAAAGCUGGAUAGGCUAUUAUACUUGUCAACAUUGUGAACAUGCAGCUCAGACAGAUAUAAUUUGA